AUGUCAACUGGCAAACACGACUAUCUCGUUCAAGUCCCCAUCAAGUCAUCUGCCCUCCAGGCCUGGGCUUCAAAUCGCGGUGCACACAUAGCGCACUUGAAGCCUUAUAUCCUCGACGGGACCAUUGUUUUCGGAGGGCCAACACUCGCCGCGCAUCCCAAGAGUUCCGAAGACACGAUAGAGGUGCGCACGAGCGUGUUGUUGUUCCAAGCAAGUACAGAGGAUGAGGUUCGGGGGAUCGUAGAGAAGAACCCAUUCGUGGACGCUGGAGUUUGGGAUAUGGAGAAGCUUGUCAUUGCACCGUUCAUGUGUGGAGUCAGGACUGCUAUGUAA